UUCUGUGGAUGUAUUGACUACCGCUGGGUUCCACAUUGAAGUCUCUUUCUCUAGGUGUUCCAAGGAUGAAAAAUGCCUCCACUUUUUCUAAUCGAAACACGACGUACUCACCCUAAAUACCAGGAAACGAAGAUAAUGAUAACUCAGUCACGACGGCCUUCAGGAAUAAUCUAACAAUGACGACGGCACUCGUGUUUCUUACUUUUCUCUCAAUCGUUUAUGCUGCUGACCAAGUUAAGAAAUGUCAUGACGUCAAUGAGGUAGCGUGCCAGAAAAUGUUUGCCAAACGGAGGGAUAUGUGUGGCGACCCCUGUGUAGCCAACAUCUGCAAGGACACCUGUCGAUAUUGUCCGGUUACCUGUUAUCAUUGCAACGAAGAAGGUACACCGGAAGCUUGUACAAAAGUCCAACAAUGUCUAACUACAAACCAGCUUUGCAUAGCAGCUGAGAGGUACACAACAGAUUUCCAUUCAACUUUCACUUCCGGUUGCGCAGAAAAAGAGCUCUGUCAUAGUCUUUUUGGUUUUGAUUCCACCAAACGCGAAGUUGAAGCGACGCUCAAUGAAAGAUCAUAUCAUUUACAUGGCGGAUGUUGUGAUUCAAAUCUUUGUAACAUACACGAUCCUUCAAAUGUGACAUCGACCGUGGAUCCCUCCAGUCGUCCACCGAAACCAACUGGCACUAACCCCUUACUUGGCAAUACGACACACCAAGAGAUAAAGGUCUGUGAAGAGAAGGAUCUAGACACGGAGGCCUGUCGUCUGCUGAACGCUACUGAUCCCUCCAUCUGUCAGAACAACUGUAUCGCCACCACGUUAUGUCCGUCAUUCUGUGGAACUUGUCUUCAUUGUAGAGAUUGUAAAUCAGUGCCUGAUCCUGCGUCCUGUACGAAUACUACAUUGUGUAAAAAAGAUCAGCAAUGUGUAACAAUUGAGCGCCUAGAUUCAAACUUACAACUAUCUAUUGUAUUGGGAUGUAUGGACGCAAAGAUUUGUACAGCCUACUUCAGUGGUAGGACAGGUGGUCAGGGAGGGUUUGGUAAGCGACAGUUUGGUCAGACAACACUGAGGGGUAAAUGUUGUGAUAGCGAGAUGUGUAACGAACACGGUAUCCAAUAAAAAGCCACUGAA